UGACGCCUGGGAUGUAUUGUAGCAUAAACACACCGUGGCUAGUUUUAUCUCACCGAACUAACGGCGUUUAUAACGUCCACAACGCAAUAAAACGAGCACUCGAAGAGACAUGAUCGGGUUUUGUUUUGUUUCUUAGGGGUUAAAGGUUAGCUGCAGAAUGUGUUGAUUUGAGCGCGACGUUAACCGCUACUGUGUUAGUGCCGGAAAGUGAAAUGAGAUUAGGGGGGAUAUGAGUCUGGAUUUAUGAUGUUCAUGCAUCAGAGAAGACUUACUUUAUGGCGGUCGGAUUGCUGACUGUGUGGAUCCCUGAUGUGGAUAUAUGGACCUGCAAUAACUAGAAGCUGAGCUCAUAGCCUACUUCCGGGUUGUUCUAUUUGCUGUUGUUCAGACUGUUGCCUGUGUUUUAGACGACAGUCAUGUCGAUUGAUUUUGAUAGCGCUGCCUUACAAACUCAGCAUGAAGAAGAAGAGGAAUAUGAUCAAGAGGACUACGCCAGGGAGCAGGAGCUGCAUAAGCUUUUAACUGACCUCCCAGAUGAUAUGCUGGAAGAUAGUCAUGACUACUCACCAGAGCUGGAUUACUCAACUUGCAGUCCUCAGAAAGACCAUGACCGUCCUCAGCAUGCUUGGAAUGGACAGUCAGAUCAGCCCCAACCUCCUUCUGCUGAAACCAAUCCCGGAGAUGCCUAUAACCAGUCCGAUCAUCAGGGUUAUAUGUAUAGGCAUGGCCAUUUUCAUCAACUCCAGGGUAGGCCAGAACAUUUAACCCAUGGCUGGGAUUCACAACAGGGCCAUCAGUAUGAGUCUGGAGACUAUGCCUACUCCUCUACUGGAACUGUAGAAUCUAAUGCUACCACCAACUUCUCGGUUGAGGAAGACUACGAACAGGAACCAUACCCCCACACAGGUCACCACCCUGGAGCAGAUGGCCAAGACUAUGAAGAACAUGCCAGCAUCAGAAACCACUUUCAGAAAUUUGAUAAUGGAAUUGCUGGCGACCAAGAUGUUGACUGUUACAAAGCCAGCUAUCAGCCACAUAAACCUGCAAGGCAACCAGACAUGUUCAACAUUCAGGCAUCUCAUCAGAAUGGCCACUUUGACCAGCUACAAAAAGACUUCCUUGAUUCAUCACCAUCUACUGUUGAUGCCCAGGAAUAUGCUCAGGUGAAAAUUUUAAACAAGGCUCAAUUGAGGCAGAUUGAGGACUUGGAGCAGAAACUUGAAGACAGCAGGCGAAAAAUGAGAUAUCUUGAGCAUCAGUUUGCUAUCGUAAAAGAUGAAAAGGAUGGGCUAAUGUUAUCACUGAAGGAGUCCAGUCAUCUCCUAGAGGAGGCAAAAGAGUGCGAGUCUCGACUACAAGGGAAAGUCCUGUCUUUGGAGCGACAGAUUCAGACUCUUACAGAGAGAGACCACGAGAACAUGAAGAAGCUGUGUGCUGCAGAGGCUGCGGUAGACAGUCUGCAGCAGCAGAUGAUGGAGCUGUGUCGCUCUGACACGCUGACACGAGCACGGGAACAACAUGACCGAGACAUGGUGGCCAUGAGGGAACAGCAUGAAGCUAAAGUGCUUGGCCUGCAGCAAAAAUUAGACACGCAUAGUCAGAAUCUGGAGGAGCAGGUGCAGGCGGCCCAGAGGCUGCGGGAGCAGGUGAGGCAGCUGGAGAGACAGAGAGAGGAAGAGCAGGUGGACAGAGCUGCAGUCAUCAAUGCUCUCACGCAGCGUUUGGAAGAGAGCCAGCAGCAGUGUGCCAAGCUGCUUCAAACUGGGUGUGUGCAAGAGAUGAGUCAGAUGCAGAUAAAACUACAGCAGGCCCAGUCUAGUCGUAAUAUAAGUGAGAACAUGAACAAAGCGCUCCAAGAAGAGUUAAAUGAGUUGAAAGAGCAAAUCACCUUGUAUGAGUCUGCUGUGAAGUUCGGAGCAGUUUCUUUUGACUCGAAUCCAAACUGGACAAACCAGCUCUCGGAGUCCUACGUAGAUCUCGGAAUUAAGAAAGUUAACUGGAAAGAUGGUAGAAAUCACAGCACCCCAGUCCUGUCAGACUCUAGCCUGCCUAAGGAGGACUUGAUAAAAGAGCUGAAGACUGAGCUGCAGCGAUGUCUCGCUCAGCUGAAAGCAAAGAGGGAGAAGAUCUCCCGCUUACAAAAGGAGCUUCAGACCUCACAGAAUCAUGUGGAGCAGCUACAGACCCAGCUUCAAGGAGCUGAGAGAAAUGUUAAAGACUUUGUGGUAAGGGAGAGCAGCCUGGAAAAGCUUUUGGAGCAAUCGAACACGACUCCUCACAAAGAAGUGGCAAGACUGGAAGAGGAACGACAACAGCUCCAGAAACGUGUAGAGGUGCUCGAGUUAAGAAAUAAAGACCUAAAGCAGAGCGAGGAAAAGGUGAAGGCAGCUAAUUCGGAGCUUUGCACCAAGAUGAGGGAGAUGAUUCAGGAGCUCGACCAGGAAAAACAGGAGGCUGAAGAAAGAUAUGAGAGAACCCAGCAGCAGUACAGAGAUGAUGUGGUUCAGCGUGUUCGUGUAGAACUCGACCAGGAACAUGCAGAUCAUAUUGAGCAGCUUACUGCUCAGCAUCAACAGCACAUCCAGCAGCUCGAAUCUAAAUUAGCUGAACUUAGUCAAGAAGUAUUAGCUGUGCAGGAAUGUUACAUCUCUGUUUGUAAAGAAAAGGAUAAACUUGAGGAAAACCUUCAGACCCAAAUUAAUGAGGAGAGAAAACAGAAAGACAGUGAGGUAAAGAGGCGACAGGAGGUGGAGGAGGCUCAGGAGAAGCUGAAGGCAGAUUUUGCCUCCCAACACCAGGAGGCUUUUGCCCAGCUUAAGGCUCAGUGGACCAAAGACAAGGAGACAGAGAUACAGUUGCACGUCACUAAGCAGCUAGCCUCGGCCAAAAAGAGCUGGCAGGAAGGACAGCAAGAAUUGGAAAAGACAUGGGAGCAAAAACUGGAAGAGGCCUUGAAAGAAAAACAAAAAGCCAAAUCUACAGAAACACAUGAUGGCUCCUGUCAGACAGAAAGUGUGGAUUCUGUGACCCGGCUUUUCUCUCUGGAGCAGCUCGAAGACAGACUCAGUGCCCAGAGGAUGGCGCUGCAGCAAGAGUCUGACAGCAAGCUCACCAAAGCAGUGGAAGAGGCAGUGAAGGGCAAAGAGAGAGAGCUGCAGCAGAAACAUGUACAGGACAUGGCAUUGCAGAUUGAAUGUGCUGUGUCUAGAGCUUGGAAUCGCUGGCUCCAUGAGAUGUCGUCCCUCCCAGAGUACAGCGCCAGUUUGCAGACAGAGAGAGAAAAGUGGGAGACGCUAAAAGAGCAACAGAUUGAAAAACGGGUAACCUUAGAAGUUAAAGCAGCUGAUGACAAAUGGCUGGAGAUGAUGAGUAGAAAAUGCAAGGAGCUUGAGGAUUAUGUGCACAGAAACCAGGAGCUUCAGGAGCAGCUAAAUUCCCUGAACAAUCGGCUGAAAGACUCUACUGAAGAACAGAAGACUGUUCUCAAAUCUGAGCUCUCUGCAGCCAGGGCUUUGUGGAACACUGAAAAACAGAAGGAGAUUUCGUGUCUUAAGAUGCAACUCCAAGGGGACCAUGAGAGCUUAAAGGAACAGCUAGAGAGAAGAAUAAAAGAGACUCAGGAGGAGGUGCACAGACAGGGGCAAAAACAUCUACAGGAAGCCAUGUGGAGUAAAGAGCAGGAGUGGAGGAGUCAGCAACAGCUCAAGUUGCGAGAAGCUCAGCAGCAAUUAAUAGAGGAGGUCCUGACCGAGUUAAAAGAGGUGCUGAAUGAGGUCCAGGAGCAAAGAGAGGUUAAUGAGGAGCGAGAGAGAAGGGAAAGUGGUGUGAGUGCUAGACUCAGGAGUCUUUGCAAAGAAGCACUAGCCAGAGUUGUAGCCAACACCAAGCAGGAGUUGGUGAAGAGCAGUGAGGAGAAGUUGAGGCAUGUUCUGAAGGAAACCCAAGAACAACACGAAAAGGAGCUUGAUCAAAUACGUACCUCACUGGUCCAAAGGAAGGAAAGUGUCUGUCACAAUAUGAGUUGUAAUGACACCAUUGGCAAACUCCAGAAUAAAAAUCGGGAGCUUCAGAGACAUCUGGAGAAGGCCUGUCGUCAGCUUCAGCACACAGUCCGAGAGCACAAGAGCGCAAUGCACAAACUCAAAGAAGAGCAUGAAGAAAUUUUGCAAAAAGAAAAGGAAAGCCAUGCCAAAGCAGUCCAGCAGGCCAAAUUGUCUGCGUGCAAAGAGUCAGGUGAUUCAGUCAGUCAACAGGAUCUUCAUGCUGGCCUUGAAGAAAUGAAUCAACAAUAUAUGAAAGCUGUGCACAAAAUCAGAGGUGACAUGCUGCGCUACCUGCAUGAGAGCAAAGAGCGAGCAGCUGAGCUGAUCAGAGCCGAGGUCCUCCGAGAGAGGCAGGACACGGCCCGCAGGAUGCGCAGGUACUACCUCACCUGCCUGCAGGAGCUCCUGGAGGAGGGAGGACAGACCACUGGUGCUGAAAAGAAAAUCAUCAACGCUGCUAGUAAACUGGCUGCUAUGGCCAAAGUGCUGGAGACGCCUGUAGUCAAAAAGAAAUUACACAGAAAUCCGGAUGGACAAGAUCCAUCAUCAAACUCUACAGAAGAUUCUAAAGUUGACCAUCUUGCCAAAGUGUCAGGUGCUCCAUCAAGCCAAAGUCGUUCUACCGUAACCGUGUCCCAUAAAGUUUGCAGGAAUGAGCAGCGGCAGCAGAUGAAGGUCCUCACUGAGACCAGCUCUGCAGCCCAAACAGACAAAAUAAAAACUGCAGGCAAAGCUUCUCAACCCGACUUCAAAUCUGUGAAGACAAAUGCUGCUAAAGUUCCUGAUGUACCCGAACCUGUGACACCACACUCGCUCCACUCUCAUCAUCCCAAAUCCUUCCGUGAUUUUGCUUCAUCCAGUGCACAUUUUAGUUCUGUAGGCUCUGUGAAUGUGACACUGAGGAAGCAGAGCAGGGAGGAGUACCUGACCGGGACAGAAACGGGAAAAGCCAGUGAACGUCUUACUCCUCAGGUAGCGGAUGAGCCUUUCCUCGUUGAAGAGGCGCCUGUGAGAGAUGAUGGCCAGAGUGACUGGAGUUUAUCCAGUAAUGGAUCCAUUUUUAUCAACAACAUUCAUCUAACCUCCUCCCAUCCCGGCAAACAUCCAGAGCCAGUGAAAUCAUUUUCAUUGACUGGGCCGACUCUAGAUGACCUGGACUUUGGAAGCACAGCUGGUGAUAACUCUGAUGUAACUGUUUACAAAGAGAUUGUCAAAAAGCCAUCCAAAAAGUACACAGGCAUUAAGCUGACUAAGACCAGAGAGCCAAUCCCAGGCUCAGAGGAUGAGGCAAUCCGAAAAACAUGUACUAAAAGUUUACUUCCUCAAUUCAGAAUAUGCCAACAAGACAGUGGGUUUGACAGCCCAGCGUCUCUGAUUCAGAAAUGAAAUGUGUCUGUCCUAAUAGUUUUAUAUAUUUGUGUGUAUGUGUGUGUUAGCCAGUUAUACUGUGAUUUGACUGAAUAUUGAUGUUUGUCAUGAUUUUUUUAUCUGUUUUUCUACUGCCCUAUAAGAAUUAAAGUUUAAACUUUUACUAAAAUGCCUUAUAUUCCAAAAAAUCAUUAAACCUGCUCAUUUUA